UGCCCAGUUCAGUUUGGGAAGCAAGUUAAAAGAAAUUCCUUAACUUCCUCCACUCCUAAUUACAGACAUCACUACCACCACUGACAACAACGGGUACAUCUCCUCUCCCAGGCCAUGCCGCUCAACUCCAUAGUUCCCAAGCCAGACCACAAAAGUGUUCCCAUGGAAGGUCUGCCAAAGAUGUCCGAAAUCAACAACAGAGCUGUCGUCGCCUACCCAGGACAAGCCAAUUCACAAUCUGUCCACCAACUCACCAUAUAUCCUACAACCUUGAAGUUUGAGGAGGUGGUGUACAAGGUUAAACAGGAUCAGAAGGGAUUGUGCUGGGGUGGCACAUGGACCACCCGAGAAAAGACCAUACUGAAUGAGAUAACAGGUAUGGUUUGUCCAGGGGAGAUCCUAGCAAUGCUAGGUCCAUCUGGAAGUGGAAAAACCACACUCCUUACGGCUCUAGGAGGUCGUCUAACUGGUAAGCUAUCCGGAAAGAUCACGUACAAUGGACAGCCUUUUUCCGGUGCCAUGAAACGACGCACAGGCUUCGUUGCUCAGGACGACAUUUUGUACCCACAUCUAACUGUGACUGAAACUCUUCUGUUCACUGCACUGCUAAGGCUACCCAAAACAUUAACCAGGGAUGAGAAAGCACAGCAUGUUCAACGAGUUAUAACUGAACUGGGGUUGAGUCGGUGCCGGAACAGCAUGAUAGGGGGGCCACUCUUUAGAGGAAUAUCAGGAGGAGAGAAGAAGAGGGUUAGUAUUGGUCAAGAAAUGCUAAUUAAUCCAAGCUUGCUACUACUAGAUGAGCCCACAUCAGGUUUGGAUUCAACUACAGCUCAAAGGAUCCUGACCACGAUCAAACGGCUUGCGAGUGGGGGACGAACUGUCGUCACCACCAUUCACCAGCCCUCAAGCAGACUUUACCACAUGUUUGAUAAGGUAGUCUUGCUCUCUGAGGGACACCCCAUCUACUAUGGUCCUGCAUCUGCAGCUUUGGAAUAUUUUUCCUCCAUUGGAUUUUCUACUUCCAUGACUGUCAAUCCUGCUGAUCUCUUACUUGAUCUUGCGAAUGGCAUUGGUCCUGAUUCUAAAAAUGCCACUGACCAAGGUGAGAACAUGGAGCAAGAACAGAAGUUAGUGAAGGAAGCUCUUAUAUCUGCUUAUGAGAAGAACAUUUCUACCAGACUGAAAGCUGAGCUUUGCAAGUCGGACCCGAAUAAUUACAACUAUACAAAAGAUGCCUCUGCAAAAACUGAAACAAAGUCAGAGCAAUGGUGCACAAGCUGGUGGUAUCAGUUCAAAGUGCUCUUUCAGCGGGGGCUAAGGGAGCGGAGGUACGAGUCCUUCAACAGGCUAAGAAUUUUUCAAGUCCUCAGUGUCAGUGUACUUGGCGGACUUCUGUGGUGGCAUACACCAACUUCUCACAUUGAAGACCGCAUUGCAUUGCUCUUCUUCUUCUCUGUUUUCUGGGGAUUUUACCCACUCUACAAUGCAGUUUUCACAUUUCCCCAGGAAAGAAGGAUGUUGGUUAAGGAACGAGCAUCGGGAAUGUAUCAUCUUUCAUCCUACUUCCUCGCUCGAACAUUCGGAGAUCUGCCAUUGGAGCUUGCGCUCCCAACUGCAUUCGUCUUCAUAAUCUAUUGGAUGGGCGGACUUAAAGCCGAUCCUAUAACUUUUAUCCUCUCCCUACUUGUUGUUCUUUACAGUGUUCUUGUCUCUCAAAGUCUUGGAUUAGCCAUUGGUGCUCUUCUAAUGGACAUAAAACAAGCCACUACAAUAGCUUCAGUUACAACUCUGGUUUUUCUCAUUGCCGGAGGAUACUACGUUCAACAAAUCCCUCCUUUCAUAGUAUGGCUGAAGUACUUAAGCUACAGUUACUACAGUUACAAGCUUCUUCUUGGUGUCCAGUACAAUGAGGAUGAUUACUAUGAGUGCUCAAAGGGAGUCUUGUGCCGGGUUGGAGAUUUUCCUUCUGUCAAAUCAAUGGGUCUGAACCAUUUAUGGGUAGAUGUGGCAAUUAUGGCACUGAUGCUAGUGGGUUAUCGAUUGGUCGCUUAUCUGGCACUCCAUCGCGUGCAGCUGAGGUGAAAUUUAGCAGAAGUGUAUUUCAAGAAACAGGACAGUUUGAAGAGUUUUCUCCUUCUUCAACUGAGGAAUAAUGUUAGGUUCAGAGUAUGGGAAUCAGGUAUUGAGAUUUUGUUCAACUACCGUUCCGACCGAGUUGAUGUAUUGACCUUUUUGCUCUACUCAAGAUAAUGCUAACUUAGAAACCUUCUAGUUUCAGAACUAGUAAUAAAUAUCUAACAAUUCUGAAUUAA